AUGUCCCCAAAGAGGUGGGUUAAGCUCUUUUGGUUAUUGUUCGUCGUCGGUUGCUGCGUUAUGUCUGCUAACGCGGCCAGGGGAGGAGGAAGAGGGAAGACUGGAAGAGGUAGCAGACGAAUGUAUGGAUCCAGAAUGCCAAUAACAAUCAGGCACCAGAAUUCAGCAUCGAAGAGCUACUACGAGAAUAAAGAUGGUGCUAAAAUAGUAAAAGCUAGCCAUUUUGAACUGGAAUAUAUGCUCGGAAGAAAAAUCACGUUCUUCUGUAUGGCUAAAGGUUAUCCAAGGCCAGAGAUAACAUGGUUCAAGGAUGGGAUCGAAUUACUAUACCACAAGUUCUUCCAGGUCCAUGAAUGGCCAAUGGGAAAUGACACAAUGAAAAGCAAAAUGGAGAUUGACCCAACCACGCAAAAGGAUGCUGGAUACUACGAAUGCCAGGCGAACAACAAAUACGCCAUCGACUGGAGAGGAUUCAGGACUGAUUACGUCAUGGUGACAUAUUGAUCACUACUUGUAUGUUAUGCAUUACACAUUAAAAGCAAUGUUACGUU